UAGAAAAACCUGCUGAGAAAACCUUUUUCUUUCUGUUUCAUUUAUAAUUUUCCUGGUGCUAGUCCAAGAGUAAGAGUCAAAAGCGCAACGCCCACAAUUUCAGGCUGUCUCUGAUAUUCUAUCUAUCUCCCCUUGAAUCAUGCUCCGCCAAAUAAAUGUAUUCUCCAUUUUGUUUCUAUUAUUAGUGUCCUUCACGUUCUCUCUCCUUCUCUCUUUAAUUUUGUUGCUACAAUCUUUACGGAGUAGUAGUAGUAAAUUUCGGAUCACCACAUGACUAGUUCUUACUCUUUCAUGUUCAACAAACAAGUAACAACCAGAUACCAAGGAUCAUAUCCAAAAACUACCUUACUCUCUUUCAGGCUUCCCUCCCUCGUGCAUUUGAGUUUUUCAACAAACCAGCUAUAGCCCACCACCAAAAAAGAGACUAGCACACAAGGACCAAUUCCUAGUUUCUUUUUCUUUUUGUCUUUUGCCCUUUGCUUUCUGACUCUUUCUGUCUUUUGCUUUGGCCACAGACAAUUCUUACCUUUUUAAUUCCCUUCCCUUGUUUACACACCGGUUUUGUACCUUAUUCUGUUUGUUGGUGGAAGGAUCAAAAGUGAUUCCGGUUCUUGUUGUUCUCCACUGUUGAAUGAGUUGAUGUCUUUGGCUGUUGGAGCUGUAGCAAGUUCCAGUAAUAUGGGGUUUGAGGACAACAAGGAGAAGAAGGCAGCUGAAGACAGGAGUGGGACUCCUGAAAAAAAGCCAACUCAUCCUCAAGAGAGCAGUGAUGAUGAUGGAGGAGACAGGAUAGGCAGCACACAGAUAAGUGAUGAAUCCUCUUUCUAUGCAACUGAUCAGGAUGAUGAUUACGAUGAUGAUGAGCAUCGCAACACAUUUCAGUUGGGUCCGCAGUGCACUCUCAAAGAACAGCUUGAAAAAGAUAAGGAUGAUGAGAGCUUAAGGAAGUGGAAAGAGCAGCUUCUUGGAAGUGUGGAUAUCAACAACAUUGGAGAAACACUUGAUCCAGAAGUAAAAUUCCUUAGCGUGUCAAUCGUCUCUCCGGACAGGCCUGACAUGGUUCUUUCAAUUCCUGAAGAUGGAAAGCCCCGGGGCUUAUGGUUUACACUGAAAGAAGGCAGCCAUUAUCGCUUGAAGUUCUCCUUCCAAGUUGGCAACAACAUUGUAUCCGGCCUCAGGUACACCAAUACUGUUUGGAAAGCAGGUGUCAAAGUUUUCAGCACAAAAGAUAUGAUUGGAACAUUUAGUCCUCAGCUAGAGCCUUAUACACAUGAAAUGCCAGAAGAGACAGCCCCUUCUGGUUUUUUGGCUAGAGGAUCAUAUACUGCAAAAUCAAAGUUCCUUGAUGAUGAUAACAAGUGCUACUUGGAGAUCAACUAUACAUUUGACAUCCGUAAAGAGUGGGCUGCUUCUAAUUAGAGAAGAACCUGAUGAGCUCUAGCACCCUUCAUUCAUCUCUAUCAAUGUUCUUAUGCCACUAUAUGUUCAGCUAAAGUAUCUCAAUUUCAGACAAUUUUUGACUUAUCUCAACCAUCUCUUUUCUGUCUAAACCAGCUACUCCAUGCAACAAAGGCAAGUGAGUAAGAUCUCACUUGGAAAAGCUUUUGCUAUUCAUUAAGAGCAGAGUUAGCAUUUCUUAGGGACAUUUUGAUAAUGAUAUCUAGAUAUUGCUCUUGUUCAAUUCUUCUAUGUGCAUAUCACAACAAUGAGUGAGUCAAUGAUUUCCUUUUGUCAUCAUACUGCUCUAAAUUCAGAGAUUGUGAUUUCCAAUAAUUAACCAUGCAGAUAGUAGGAUUUAAAACAUUAGAAAGCAGUGCAAGUAAUGAGCUUGAUCCUAACCUUGCCUGUUUAUCCAAAUCUUCCAGCUGCUAAAGCUUGAUAUAGCUUAGAAUUCCUCAACCGAUACAUGCAAGGGAACUAAACUGUUCAACUAAGUAUCAUUGCUGGAACUGUAAACAACUCCAGCCUGAUUAUUAUAGAAUUUGAGAGAGCUCAGGCAACUACCAUUGAA